GGAGUCAGGGGAGCGCGUGGGGGGCGUCCGUGUCCGCUCCGCCCCACGGCCCGGUGCUGUCCGCAGGGAUCCGCCUCGGCGCGGAGCGGCCGGGCCUCGGGGGCUGCUCCUGCUCGAUGGGCGCGGGGCCGCGGAGCGGAUCGGGGCCGUACGUCGGCGCCCAUCUCCCACUCGGCUGAUACUCGGCUCUGCCCUCGGACGUGCGGCGGUCGCCGCUACGGUGCUCGUUCGGACCCUCACAGGACCGUGCGUGGCGGCAGCGGCGGCUCUGCUCGCGCCCGGCACCGCUGCGGGAACGGCGGCACCUCCUGAGCGGAACGGCCGCGCCGCUGACACCGCCCCGGAGCCGCUCCGGAGCGAACUGCGCGCAGCGUCCGGGAAAGAAGGCUUCAGGAGCUGAGACUGCGACCGAAAAUAAUAAUGGAAGCAGGUUGGAAGGAAUCUUUUCCUGCAUCUUGUGUCAUGCCUCUGCUCAACGAUGAGUCAUUACAGAGUUGCAGUGCCAAAGGCUAUCUGUCCUCCCAGGAGUUCAACCUGAAAUUCCUAGCUGGAAAUGUUGUCGUCUUGUGUCCUUUGUCAGUAGUACUGAAGAUUUAAUUGUUGCGCAUCAAGAAACAAGUUCUAUCUCUUGUCCCAUGAGAUGCACUCUUAAUUAUGGCAAGUCCGAGGCAUGUAUUGUCUUCCCAUGUGUGGGCAGCCCGGAGCAUGGCUGGCCCAGGUGGGUGUCUCCAGCAGGUUUCUGCCUCCUGGGUCAGAAAGUGGUCCCAGAUGUCUCCUGUCCCUUAUGCUUCCCACUGCUCCUCAACAGGCAAAGUCAGCACGUGCUGCCUAUGCUGAUGGAACGGCCAGGUAAGACUCCUUACUGCAUCACAGCCAGCUUUAUGACUGCAAUCUAGACAUAAUCUCAUUAAUUAUUAGAUGUCUGACAUCAAAUGUUACAGAAAUAAGAAUCUAGAAGACUUAUAAGUGUAAUCAUGCUCUAAAAUCACUUAAGAUGAGGGCGAGGGUCUAUCUGAAUGUUGAGCUUUAAGCUCUGAUGACACUCAGUCAUGGACAAGUUGUAAUUUCUUUCUCAUUGUUUCAGUAAAUAUAAAUAUUAUGCUGAAUGCAAAGCUGCAGACUGUAUUUUGACUUUAAUAUCUUCAAAUAUUUGGUCUCAAUCCAUGUUUAGGGCAAAUCCUAUUUACUGUCUUCAGGAACUGCAAAAUAGUAAAAUGAUUUUGAUUUAUCUAAUAACUUUUUUUUUUUUAGCAAUGAUAGUUAAGGCUAAAGAUUCUUACUGACAUAAUCCCCAUUAAGAUGGUAGGACUGCUUGUAUAAUUCAGUUUAAUGAAAGAGGUUUUUAGAGUAGGAAAAAAAAAUACUCUUAGAUGAGAACUAUCAUAUGAGCAGUAUUUUUCUGAAUUACCAGUUGAACAUAAUGGACAACAAUUUGCACAGAUCAUUUGGGUAAUGCACAGUUUCUGAAGAAAAACAAUGAAGGCAUUCUCUUGAUCUUUAUAACCACACACUCAUCACCUUCAAAGCAAAUUUACUAUAUUGCUUCUUAACAGCUAUUUCUUCCAUUGAAGUUUUAACAAGUUCAUUAUGUGAAUGCAGACGGGUGAAAAACAUUCAAAAAUCUGUGAGAAAAUCUCUUAGUGACAUUCAGUCAGAACUGGUAGAACAAUCAUUGCCUUUUACUUCCUUGUUCUUACGCAGUACCAAAGGAACUGAGUUUAACCAUGCUUUGCAAAGCAAUCAGAACUUAAGCAAAGCCUUACCUGCUCAGAGGCUCCAAACCGAAAGAGAUCAUUAUCAGGUCCUAAGUAAGCACAGCCUGCUAACAAGUUAUUUUCUUUUCCUAUGCUCCAUAUGCACUUAUCUAUUGGAAUUAAUUGCUUAUUCUUCAUUAAUAGAACAUAUUUUAUUUAGCUAGCAGCUUUGUUAUAUACUAUCAAUUAAUGAAAAUCCUGCAGUUAUCCUGGUGCUUGUCCUAGAGCAGCACACUGGAAAAGACUGCUUUUUGAUAAUGACUUUUGCACUGACUCUUGUAUGUUCAGGCUUUAUUUAUAAAGUAUCUUCCUACAGAAGGUUCUGCAUCAGAUUAUGGGAAUGUACUUGGACACAUCUUUAUAAUCUUACUGUACUGCAUAGAAGUAACAUCUCUGCUCUUUGCUCCCAUCGUUGGAGUAACACCAAACCACUUCAGUAAAGUCAGGCAGCAGGAGGAGAAUACUUACCUAAAUUUCCCGAGGUUUAACUGAAUGGAGAACUCACUGCCUAUGCAUGAGUUUCAACAGUUUCUAAAAGAUGGAGGGUUUGUAUUGAUAGUAGAUAAAUGAGAUUAAUCAAAGCAGUUCUGAUUAAAUACAACUAUGAAGUCUGCUGUGGAGUUUUGCAGGUGCUCUCCUUUAUUUGUGUCAUCUGAUAAUUAAGGUUUUUAGGUUUAUAAUCUGUAGUAAUCGCUAUGCAUACAUUAUAAUUUCUGAUGAAUUACUGGUUUAAAAUAAAUGCUUGUGUAUUGCCUUUAACUUCUGUUUGCAUGUAAGCAAUAGACGGGAAACUCCUGUACUGAAGACAGAAAAAAAUAUGGCCUUACUGUGUUCUUAAAAAUACUAUAGUGUAUGUAUGUGCUGAGUUCUUAUAUUCUCAUUAGAGAUAUGCAAUUGGAACGGCAUUAUGAAAUACAGCAUAUUGAAAAAUUAAUAUAAAGACAGCUAAUGCCAAAAAUCAUGCAUAGACCUCUCUUGCUGCUGUUUUGUUGUUGUUUUUGUUACAUAUUAUUUUAAAAACAUCCAACAACUCUGAACUGGUAGGACUGAUUUAUGUUGGAUGUUUAAAAUCUUACUCUGAAGAGAUCCCUUCAGCUUCUUAUGGACCUUUUCCUUCCUUCGUGCUCCCCUACCCCCAGCCCAAAGUGCAUUCACUCUCCAGCUUCUCUCCACGCCACACAGCCUGCCCCUGCCCCUAGAGAGCCUGGCUUCUCCUUGCCAGCUGCUGCUGGUUUAUAUGGCAGCUCUUCUACAGCUGCUGCAGUGAACUGUGCCGGCCAUCAGCUCCUGUAGGUGUGCAGCAUUCCUACUGCUGGGGCCUGGGGCAGCUCUCAUACUUCACAUGGAACUGCCUGGCAGGAAAGCUUGCCUAUCCCAGGUUUCAAAGCAGUUUAAGAAUAUCUGCUGUCCCACCUGGGUAUUAAUGCUUAUCAACAAAAUUAGGAAAAAAAAAAAAUAGUGUACACUCUGUUCAAUUCAAGCUUAAGAUUGUUUCUCUCUGCCCAGCUUACCUCCUGGCUACGCUCUUAGUUACAAACAGAAAUGAAAUGUACAUCUAUGCUGUCUCUGAUAGUAGAAUUUCUCCCAUAGUCUCUGAUAGUAGAAUUUCUCCUAGUUUCUAAAUACCACAGAAUGCUAAUUUGAAGCUUCAUUGCUGGGGCCAUGAGUUAUCCUGAGACAUGAACAGGGGUUAGAAUGCAGUCUCCCUGCCAAGUUUACAGCUCCUAUGAUAGUUCAGCAUUAAUCUUUUCAGGGCAGCCCUCCUUCAGUCAGACAGGAGCUUCCACCUCUGCUGUGCUCCCAGCGGUGCAGACCUGGGGCAGAUCACUCCACCCUCACUGCUAACAAAAGGAAAUCUUUGUUUUCACCGUGCUGGAGGUCAGGAAGUGAUCAAGCAAAUGUUCUGUUUUUUUUCCCACAGAAUAGGAAUGAUUUGAUUUCAGCACUGCUGUUAGCUGCUACAGAAGGAGGGAACAUGCAUCUUGCAUAGCUGACUUCUAUUACAAAGACGCAGCAUGAGCUCCAGCUAGAGAGAGGGGCAGGAGACUGCCAGCAGAGAAGGGCAGAAGGCACUCCAAGAGAGAUUCCCUUGCAUAUUCCUCUUCCCACAUUGUUUCCUGGACUAUUACCAGAAAGCAGAAGCAUGGAGAGUUAGUUUAUAUUUGGUUUCUCCUUCUAAUCUUGAAUAUUCUUUACAGAUUUAAAACUUCAUUAUUAUCCAACGUUACUUUUACUAGCAGGGGGGAAAAAUGGAUGUAUUCAGAGCACUUGGAAAUGAGUCGCUGUUGUCGAACUCCUCUGGUCCUGCUCGAUGGGAUCCCUUCCACCAUCCCUUGGACUCCAUCCAGCCCUGGCACUUCAGGCUUGUGGCAGCAGUAAUGUUCGUGGUGACCUCCCUGUCUCUUGCGGAGAACCUGGCUGUGAUCCUGGUAACUUUUAAGUUCAAGCAGCUGAGACAACCUGUCAAUUAUGUUAUAGUGAAUUUAUCUGUGGCUGAUUUCCUGGUCUCUUUGACUGGUGGCACCAUCAGCUUUUUAGCCAACCUAAAAGGCUAUUUCUAUAUGGGGCACUGGGCUUGUGUACUGGAAGGAUUUGCUGUCACGUUUUUUGGUAAGCUUGAUUUUGUCUGUAGUUGUAUCUUGUUUUCCUUCAGCUUCCUUCAGUGUGUUUCACUAUCCUGCAGCUUCCUAAAUCACUGACCUUGCAUGCCUGUGAAUGCACUGGAUCUUUUCCAGUUGUGUGUGUUCUGUGGAGGAUCUCAUAUGAGUGAAUAAUGUGUAUCACUAUUGCUGUCAUAUGUCAGCUUCUUGCUGCUUCUAUACUGCUCUCUGAAUAUAGUCAAUAUAAUGAAAAAAAAAAUUGCUAAUAGAAUAGGAAUAGUUGUGGGGAAAACAAUGUGAUUAAAACAAACAAACAAACAAACCACUUCACUGUGUAAUUAUUUUCCAGGUUUGUCUCUUGGUGUAUGAAUAUGUGGUUAAGUGAGAGAGAGAGAGAGAGAGAGAGAGAGAGAACAAAUGGCUGUUCUUAAACUAUGGAUAAUGUUAUGUCACUGAAACAUCUUAUGUCAGCUGUCCUGCAACUGUUCUGAGGAGCCAUGCCAUGCCUGUGGUUGCCACCCCUCUCAUUUGCUUCUUCCUGUGAUUCUUUCUCUUGGCUUUGUUUUGCAAGUAUGCAAAACAUAUUGAAGUACUCUAAAAGGGAAAAUCAAUCAUCACCAGGCAUUGUGGCUCUCUGGUCUCUUGCUCUUUUGGCUUUUGAGCGGUACAUUGUGAUCUGCCGCCCAGUGGGAAAUAUGCGCUUGAGAGGGAAGCAUGCUGCCCAAGGUAUUGCUUUUGUGUGGACCUUUUCCUUCAUUUGGACCAUUCCACCAACCAUGGGUUGGAGCAGCUACACCACCAGUAAGAUUGGAACUACUUGUGAGCCUAAUUGGUAUUCAGGAGCUUAUAAUGAUCGUUCCUACAUUAUUGCAUUCUUCACCACCUGUUUUAUAGUGCCUUUAUUGGUAAUUCUGGUGUCGUAUGGGAAACUGCUGCAGAAGCUAAGAAAGGUGUCAAAUACACAAGGCAGGUUGAGAACUGCCAGGAAACCUGAAAGACAAGUGACUAGAAUGGUGGUUGUUAUGAUCAUUGCUUUUCUAAUCUGCUGGAUGCCAUAUGCCGUCUUUUCUAUCCUAGCCACUGCAUACCCUUCCAUUGAACUGGAUCCUCACCUGGCAGCAAUUCCAGCUUUCUUUUCCAAAACAGCUACUGUUUAUAAUCCAAUUAUUUAUGUUUUUAUGAACAAACAGUUCAGGAUGUGUCUGAUUCAGAUGUUCAAGUGUAGUGCCAUAGAGACUGCGGAGUCCAACAUGAACCCAACUUCAGAGAGAGCAACACUCACCCAAGACAAAAGAGACAGUCAGUUGUCUGUCAUGGCAGUACGAAGCACCAUUUCUUAGAGGAAAAAUGGAGAUGAACACAAGAAUUGCAAUUCUUUUGCUCAGUUAACAGCUUCAGGAAACAAAAUCUGUCUCUUGUAGAAGGUAGAUAUGAUCAUUAAUGCAAUACAGCAGCGUGUUUCCUCAUUACCCCAUCUCUUCAUACUAAAGAUGUCAUCGGAGCCAUUGUGCUCUGUCUCAUUAACACUAACUUUGAGAUUCUGAGCUCCCAAGCGCAUAUAAGAGCUGCUUGGCUGUGCAGUUGCAGUCAGAGACCAGCCAGAAAGUGAGUCCCUUUCUCUAUGUUUGUCUCUGCAAUCCACAGCCUACUCGCCCUCUGGUAUAAAACAAUGGAAGCCCAACAUUAUUGUGCUGACACACAAUACAGCAAAGAAAAGUUUCACAUUGAUGACUGCUCCUUAGUCAGCUGGGCAAAAAAAUGCAGUGAUGCAUAGCUUCAAUACAUUAAUGGAAAAUGAGUAAUAUUUAGCAUACAGCUGACUCAAGUUCAACCACACAGAGACUAAUGUAGAGACAGGCUUGAGUGCUUUUUGAUUUGUUUGAAAAUUUCUACUAAAAAAAGCAGAGGAAGCGUCAGGUCUCUGCAGUUAUGUCUAUCCCUGAUGAGAACCUCAUUUGGGCCACUAAAUUCUCCAACAACAUGGAUGAGCCAUCCAUACUUUCAAGGACUUUGUUAGUAAGAGCCAUUCAUACUCUUCUUUAUGUCCUCUGUGCCAAGAAAUCUGUACUAAUGGCAACUUUUGAAAUAAAUCAACUCAUGCCAUCCUUUAGUGGGGAGGUGACAAUCUUGUACCUAUUUGUCAAUUAUCUUUAUUAGAGAAAUUUAGUUGCAAGGUAUAACAGAGUUGUCUAUAACACUUAAAAUAACUAAUUUAAUUUUAUAUACAUGAUGCUCUCCGUCCUAAUGCCAGAUUAGGAAAAAAAGAUGAAAUUGAGACUAUUUUUUUAGUAGAAAAGUUUUUCAGAUUCCCUGAUUUCAUUUUAGAGAGGUUAGAUCUAACAACAGGAGUUACUCUACAAAUAACUUGAGCUGCAUGUGUGAGAAUUCAUUGCAAGCCACCUGUGGUUCUGGUACUCAUCAAAUUUCAUUAGGUGAUUGUCUUUUACAAUAUAAUUUUAGCCUCUGUGAACUUAAACUUUCACAGUGCUCAAUAUUAAACCCAAACUAUAAACCUCAUUAUGAGAACUACAUUUUUUGCACAAUUCCCGUUCUUUACCACUAACUCCAUGUUAUCUAUGUCAGAAAAGUCAAUAUAUGUGUAAGGCUCUUAAUUUUUUUAAAAUUAUUAUUAUUAUUAUUAUUAUAAGACAGGAGGGUUAAGAUACUCAGUUAUUAUUUGUAUGCAUGACUUGUGUUCAUUAGUUUAUUUUAAAAAAAAAUCUUUGCUUUUAAGAUUACCACUUUCUCUUUCAGGCAUACUUUGACCUAGGUUAAUCACACAUUAAUGGUAUUAGACAUAUUAAAUCACAAGGAACUGGCAGCAGUGUUAGUAUUUAAUUAAAAGCAACAGAAGUAUUUUAUGUCCUGAGAAUUUGAGGAAAUGCAUAGUAUUUCUUUGCACAUAUGAAAGUAAAGCAUUAAAACUUAAGUUUCCAUGAAGAUGCAUGGAAAACCUAGGAAAAUAAUUUUAACUUAUUUUUGCAAUCUGAUAAUCAUCUGUAUGGGAACUGUUAGGUUGCAGCCUGAAGCACUGAUUCACCACCUGGUGGCAGGACACAGCCAGCCCUGGCAGCACAGGUGGAAGCAAUUCCACCAGAAGAGGUAGAUCCUGGCUCCAUCCCUCCCUAAUCUCAUUUAAGGGCUGGCAGCCAGAAGGGAAGCAUCUCUAAUGGGAGAUUGCCUCCUUUGGAGUGUUGGAUGAGCCCUGAUCUUUGGAAAGGGGUAAGUGUUUCCGUUAUUACUUGAUUGUGACUGCUACCUUUCUUAGGUGAUCCAAAACUGGUUUAAGGCAACUAUAUCUGAUGCUACCUAUCUUUACAUCAUCCUAAUACACGUCACUCAUCAUGAAGUUGUAUAGGUGAAUCUUUUAGAGUACUGCACCAAGGAAAACGUGGUUUGUAUCUAUACGUAAAUUGUGGCCAGCAGUCUGUAAUCAAGGCAAUGUUUCCAUUAACACGUUCACUUAAUACAUUAAUAGAUACUGUGAAUUUUGGCUCUAGGUCACAUUUCCAUUGUGAGUGGUGAAGUGGAUAGUCUGACAUGAGGCUUUGGAUUACUGCACUUAAAACGUUGUAAGGGAAGAUAUUCAUAGAGCAGCUUUAGGGCAAUGUUCACAUUUCAGCCAGAGAGCAGACGAACAACCUUGGCUACUUAGUGAGAAAAAAAGAACUACAAUACAGUAGGAACAGAACAGGAACUGUGAGAUUAUACGAGACUGAACUAAAGUCAUGACACUGAGCCCUUCCUCCUUUUGGUUAGUCAUAAACAAGUGCUAGAAAGAGAAGGCAAGAUUCUCUCCAACUCAUAUAGAGGAGCCCAUAAUGUCUAACCACCUGAAUACCUCCAGUCAGAAAUCCUGAACUACAAUAGUACAAUUCUUACUUAAAGUUUUAGCUUUUGUGAGAAAAUCUGUUCAAAAGUGGAAUGAAGAUGACUCCCCAGACCACAGGAGACAGUCUUGUUGUGGAUGAUUACAGGUUGAUGGGAGAAAGGAGGAGUAGCAGCUAUGGAAAAAUCUCAGGAAAGAUGAUCAGAAAAACAGUUUUGGAUACACAACAUUGAAAAUAAGUGUGAAAUAUUCAGAACAGAGGCUGGCUGAAACAAAUGGUUAGGAAAUAUGGAGAUACAUCAGAAGUAAAUGCCAAGAUUUGUAUACCGUUAGUAUAUGAACCCACACAAUUGGAGGCUUAGGUUAUGCAGGAGAAAGAGGACAGGGAGAACAAGAGAAACUCUUGUGCACUGAGCAGACAGGUCAAGCAGUUAAAUAGUGAGAAAAACAGCAGGGUGUGAUGUUAGGAUGGAAAACAUUAACAAUACCACAAAAGAUAAGUGGAAAACAAUCUGGAACGCUAGGUUUAUAGAUGUUACAGGUAUUUGCUGAGAAGCAAUUUGUCAGGAUGAAGAAAGGUGAAAGUCCGAGAGGAGAGAGUGAAAUCUGAGGCAUAGAAGUAGAGUAUGGUUGAUGAAGUGCCACUUAUUUCCAGGAGAGUGAAAGACAUGAGAUGGUGGUUAGGAGUGGUGGUGUCCCCCAACAGCUUGCUGAAGAGAUAUUUUUUCAUUGUCAAGGGAAGUAAGAAGCAAAGCAGAAGAAAUUGAAGCAAAGAAAGCAUAUAAGAGAAAUAGAAGCUAGCACUCAUUCAGUUCAUCAUGUAAUCAAACAUUAAAAACACCUGAGCAAGAUCUAAAUGACAUGUAAGCGCUCAUCAUGUACACCUGCGUUCCUUGUGUGAAGCUCUAUCUCGUGUUCAGAGCUUAUGCCAAAACAGCUCGUAUCCAUUUCUACAUGUAACUCAUGGCCUAGCUACCACUGCUAAUAUUUAAUUGCACUCUUUUCACACCAGUUCCUCUAGAACACUUCAAUAGUUUACAUUUACAGUUGUCUUAUAUCAUCUUAUCUUUCUGUUAGACAAACGCUUUGACGUGCAGCAAGCAUAGACCUGAAAAUGUAGGCUGCAACAGAAUGAUAUAAAAAUUAGCGCAUCUAGGAAAACAGGAAAUUAAUAUUAGAAUUUAAUUAAUUCUUCUUUCAUGUGGAGAAGAAAUUAAUUAGACUUAAUAGGACCAUGGAAGCAUCACAAAUGUUUUCUUUCCAUCAAAUAAAGCCUACACUGAACAACCACUAAUUAAUCAUUCUGAUAGAGCACAGUACCAGCAGUUCUCAUUGUCCAUAACUCCUCUUUUUAUUUCCUCCAUCCCCAAUUCCCUGCAAGUAUUUUCUAUCAAGGGCAAGAUUUUGCUUGGUUUAUUAUUAUGAAAAUUCCCAUAAUUGUGGGAAAAUCCAUUUUCUUGAGCAAUGAAUUAGUAAUUACCAUCUGCACAUACAAACUUUUUUUUGUAGAUGCCUACUGAUGUUCUAGCAUUAAUAUUCUGUGUCUUAAACAUGAUAUUUUAGCUACUAAAGGUUCCUAUCUUUGAUACAACAAGGAACAAUAAAAACUUUGGGAGUUUUUAUGUUAAAAUAUCCUCGGUAUCAUUUCAGGAGGACACUUUUUUCCUUUCUGCUAGUCAGAGUGGUUUUUUAAAACAUGUUUACAUCUUGAUAUAUAGCUCGUAGUCCAAUAAAACAAUAUUAGCCUUGAUAGAAAGUGUUAUAAAGUUUGUAGAAGGUUUUUCAAUGUAACAAUAACAAAAAUUAGAAUUACAAUAAAAAUGGGUGCAUGGGGUGGUGUUUUUUUGUUUUUGGUGGUUGUUUUUGGGGUUUCAUUUUUAGUAUGAUAGUCAUUGAAGAGACACCACAUGCAUUAGGUACAGGGCACAAAGGUUUUACCAUAAACACUGUUUAAGUUAUGCCAUGAAUGCUGUUAAUGAUCUUAAUGAUUUCAUGACUGGAAUGUAUGACUGCAGCUGAAAACAGUGUACUCACAUUGUUUCAAUAAACUGCUUCUCAUGUCCUUGAAUUUUCAUUUUACCACCAAGAGCAUGCCUAGAAAUUACAUCAAUUUCCUAGAUGAAGCUGUAAGAUGUUUGUGUUUUUCAAAAUUAGCUAGUGCAACACUAUGCCAUUCUUCUGUUUUGUGAUCACUUAUUACAUUUUAAUUAUGCAACCUAGACGAAGUAACUGUCCCUCCUGUACCAUCUUUGAUGGUAUUAGGGGAUAAUUAAUUUUUGGUUUUGGUUAAAAGUAUCAGCAAUAAUCCAUUGAUUUGUUUACAAUGGAAAUAGCACUUGUAUUCUUUUGAAUAUAAAUUACAGCUAUAGUAAGAGCUACUAUUCUGCACUGAAGUGGUACUGGCCCCUUUGGGUUAUCUGUAAGAAACACCAGUGCUGAAGGUUGGCUAACUGCUAGUUACUGAAUAAAGAAUAGAAAUUAGAAAAAAAGAGAGCACUCAUCAUGCCCUUCCUGAUUCUGGGAAACUAUCUGUGGCAAAACAGAAUCUUCUCAGUGUAGAUCAUGGCAUACUGUCCAGGUUUGGUCUGUGGUAAGAUUUGCCCUUCUAAGAGUACAGUAAUCAACCCUUCACUGGGACAAGGUUGAACUUUCUAGUUUGCACAUGAAGAUCCACUGAGACCGUUACACUCUUUAAUAUUUCUAUUUGAGUGAGCUCUUAGAAACAUUACAUCCAGUAGGUAUUGCUAAAGGCCAUGUGUAUUAAUGUCACUGCGUAUGCUCAAGCUAUAUAGCGGGCCACUUGCGCUCAUGUAUGGGUAUCUACUGCCAAGGCCUGUACUUAAAUGCUGCCUAGAGUCUCCUUCAAUUCCUGUCUUCUUGUUGCAGUGUCUUCUGCAGUGGCUGCCCACAACUUCUUUGCAUUUAUAGUUAAGCCAGCAUUUCAGGAUGAAAAAAUUCUGUUCUUAUGCCCAAGUAACAAAAGUAAGCUGAGUGAUUUUAAUACAGAAGAAAAAAAAAAAAGCCUUUUUUUAAUGAGAAUUUAAAAUGGGCACUUUACACUUCAGGAUCAGUAACUGUCAGAAGCAUUUUCAUGGACAAAACAGUGCAGUUCAGAAGGGGACUAUCCAUGCUAUUUUCCAUAGCCUGAAAUCUAGACAUGGUUGGAAAAGUAUGUUUUAAAGUGUCAUCACACUUCACUGCCAACUAGCAGGUUUUGGUGAGUACCUAGCAACUGAAUGUGUUGGUGCUCUUCAAAAAGGUUGUCAUAGCUUUGCUCUGACAUGACACGACAUAAACUCUAGCCAAGAAAUAUACUACUGAUGUUCAAAGAUACAAAUGUCUUAUACAGAUUUUAUUUCCUCUAAAAUCACAUGCAACUGUGCACAGCAGUGCUAGAGGCGGUACUGCUCCAAGUGAAAGGGCCUGGAGCCAUUCAGGGAUUCCUAUCAAGGACCAGCUCUACAAAACAUUCAUCAGAAGCAGGAUGGUUCAAGCAUAGCUCUGCAAGUAGAGGAGAUAGAAAUUAACCAUCUGUCUAAUCCAUCCUUUUGCAUCAUAUGAUAAUUAGGUUGAUGCUUUUGCAAAUAUAUUUACCCUUUUUUCAAAUAAUGCAUUUAAUUACUUCAGUUUCCACUUUCAAGUAACCAGACUUUGUCCUUGCUGACAAUCUCUCUAUUGUCAAAAGAAAAAAAGCAGGAAGUAAUCAAACCAAGUUUGACAAAUCCAUUUCUCACUGCUCCCACCUCUAGUUGCAUCAUUAAUUCCUGCUUUUAAUUUUUUCCUUUCUUCUCUUCCAUUUACUGUUUCUCCAGGCUCAGACCAAAACCCCCCCCAAAUAAAAAACUUCUGAUGUUCUCCUUCAGCUUGUUCUUACCAGAAAAAUCCAUGACUCCACACAAGGGAGAUCUUUCUUCACCACAAAUACACUGUUAAAGGAAGGAAGGCUUUGAUAGGAUCCUUGUCCAAGCCUAAGUAGUUUGAAUCUCCGUGAUAUUUCCUGUCGUUGUUCCAGCCUGACUGUUCCUACAGAUAUAUGCAGUGCAGGCAAGUUUGUUCUCAGUCUAGCUAGAAGAAUAAAAUACACACUCAUCGGCUAAAACCUUUUCUUUUUAAUUUUGACCUCAGCAAAAAUGAUUAUCCAAGAAAACAGAACCAUGAACAUCAACAUUAAUUCUCAUCUCAAUUACUAAGAGUUAUAAUCUGUAACUGAUUAGUGAAGAUUCUUAGAAAAUUUAUGGUAGUGUCCUUUAUUAUAAUGCUCUGUAUUAUAAAUCGUACUAUUUUUUUUCUCUUUACUGCUUUUAUAUUGAAGCCUCUUUUUCUUUGUCACAAAGAGUUAAAAUCUGUAAGAGAAUUUAAGAGCCUUGAAGUAAUUUGGCACAUCAGUUUUAGCUCAGCUAUUAUCCAGCUGCAUCAAGAUAUUAAUGUAGUCAUCUCUCUUUAGUCUCAAUGAAUUGCUAUAAAAGUGUCAAACAAUUAGAUUAUGUUGGCCAAUGUAACCCUGUUUGAUGGAGUACAGAUGUAGGGCAUGUCCCUUGAAUCACACUGACGAAAAAAUACAAAGGCUUAUAGAACUCCAGUGUAAAUUUAUUUGAAUAUACCUACUAUUUAAAUUUCUAAUGUCAGUGCUUACAACACCAAAAACCCAAAAAUGCUAAAUAAAUGUUUUCAGAUGGAGUAAAAGUAAAUGUCAUUUAAGACAAAUAUAAGUGGCCUCUAUUAGAGGAGAAAAAAAUAACCUAUAAAAUCAGCAGAGACCAGUAUACUGGUACAACCAUAGACACUAUCCCAUUUGCAUGGACGUGACUAUAACAAAGGAGCAAACUUAAGAUUUCUCCUGUGGAAAUACUACUGCUUUAAAUUCUGUCUCUGACUGGAACAGAAAAUGCAACACAUACAUUUCUGUCAGGAAGACAUCUACUUUAUAAAUACUUGGUACAGAUAUCUGGCUACAAACAUCUCAGUAGUUGUUGUAUGUUAAAUCUCUUCAGAAGGCAGUGAAAUGCUGGAAUUGCCUUUUUCUGCAUGAACUUUGUGUGUACCUGGUAUGUGUGCCCUGUCUUUGAAUGCACAGGAAUGUAGAACUACUUACACGUGAAAUUCCUCUCAACAGUCGAGUGUCCACACAAAGCACAUGUAAUGAGGACCUAAAGUUAAGCUGGUGUAACUGAAAACCUGAAAACUCUUUCUGUCUUCUGUAUGACAAAGAUUUAGAACGUGCUGAAGCUGAUCACAUUUUGCUAGAACAGACACUCCACAUGCAAAACAUAAUGCCAGUGUAUCUCCAUGAUUUACCUCAGCUGAAGAGGUUCUCCAAUCUACCCCUAUAAAUCCUUAUCCUUGUACAUCUGAGCUAGAGCCUAGUCUUGAGCAGCAGCGCAGGAGAAAGCAUGCAUUUGUGCACAGAAGUGACAUUAGAUUAUGUGAUUAAAGCCUAAUCAUCAUAAACAAAGGACUGAUGAGGAUCAGAUGAACAAUGACAUGAAAAGAACUCUAGUCACAUAAGCAGUGCAAGGAGUCAAGCACCUAUCUGCUACUCAGGCUAUCAAAGGAAGACCAUGAGAGGUGAAAUUUAGGAAGUAUUGCUGUGCUUGGAAAAGAUGGCAGUGUUCUCCAAUUCAGUGACCACAUUCUAGAACAGUUUUUCACUAUUAAGUACUAUCAUACUUAUUGUUAUAUGCAGUUUAGCUGCUACUUCACUAUCAAGAUCAACCAAAUGGUUAGAGAUAGCCAGCUACACACCUCACCUGUAGCACACUUCUUAUUCAUUCAUCUCAUUCCUUAAGCUAAUUCAAAAGUUUCCAGUAAAAAUAAAUUCUGAGGACUGAGUAGAACCGCAGAUAUUUUCGGAAAGCCAUUCUUUCUGUGAAACAGAGACUCUUAGUUAAUUCUCUGCUGUGUAUUGCCAGUUAGUUAAUAAGGACCAAUCACACCGCUACAACAGUCAGUUCAGGCUGCUUCAAGAACACUCAGAACUUCAGCAGACAAGCUCAGUACUAGAAUGAAAAUCAGUAUGUCUGUUCUGAACAGUCUAAGCAUUUCCAUCACAAACUUUUUCCUCCCCCGUUCUUCUGUUCCAGUACAUUGCUGAUUACAUCUUAUCCUGUAAUUCCAUGCUGUCCCAUUGAGUUUGCCUUGUAAUUACAAGCUUGUUCUCUGUGCUACCCAUAGAAGUUUUCAAAGUUAACACUUCUGGCUUAUAGUACCAAAGUGUUUUCCCAUACUGACUAAUGAUUGUGUUAAUGCCUUUCUUGCACUGAUCAAGAGUAUAUGAUCACCUUCUUCUCCCUGCUGGCCACCCCCCACCCUCCCACCCCCCUUUUUUUUUAUGCAGCCCAGGAUAUAGUUGACUGUCCAGGCUGCAAGCACACACUGCUGUUUAGUGUCCAAAUUCUCGUCUACCAGUAUCCCCAAGUCCUUCUCCACAGGGCUGUUCUCAAGGGGUCCUUCACCCAGUCCAUGUAAGCACCUGGGACUGUCCCAGCCCAAGCACAACACCUUUGAUCACAACCCUUUGGCUGCAACUAGACAACCAAUUCUUAACCCACCAAACAUUCCAUCCUUCAAAUCCAUAUCUCUCCAAUUUAGUGAGAAGGAUGUAAUGAGGGACCAUACCAAAGGCUUUGCAAAAGUCCAGAUAGAUGACACCUGUCAGCCUUCCCAUGUCCACCAAUGCCAUCACUCCACUAUUUCCCAUGCUAAUGGACAAUGCCACCAAACCAAAAACCUAAGAGAGGUUUUUAAAAAAAUCAGCAUAAUAACAUAUAGCAAGAUUCAGAUUUCAGGGUGUAUAUUACAUUUUAUAUACCAUCACUAUUAUUAACACCUAAUGCAUUUUCUUAAGAAUAGGAUUAAGCCAUAUAAAGUUAUUUCUUAUAAGUUUUAGACAAUAAAGAUUUUAAAUGGCACAUUAUUAAAAUUAUUCCCUCUCUUCUUAAACUUAAAUAAAAACUUUUAUGACUACUUUGAAAA